UAAAGAACUGGAGAAAGCUGAGAGCUAGGUUUGAGGACCGAAGGGAGGGGCUGAAUCAGACACAGCUAGCCAAACUCGGUGGCAGCCUGUGCCCAACUCCAGCUUAGGGACGCAGGUCUAGCCCGGGGUGGGAGCUGUCCACAGGGGAUGUAGUGCUGAAACUCUCGAGCCUGAUAAGCAACAACAGGAGAAAGUCGCUCUAAGGGCUGGAGGGUUGAACGGAUCUCCCCUUUCUCCGGAGUCCUCUCUCCUCAAAGAUUCCCUGCCGUCACCCACUCCUGGUUAGGGGAGAGAUAUGGCGUUCAUGGUGAAAACCAUGGUGGGAGGCCAGCUGAAGAACCUCGCUGGGGGCCUGGGGGGCGGCGAGGAGAAGGGUGAAGGGGACAGAUCGGCGGCUGAAGCUCAAGGCAUGACCCGGGAGGAAUAUGAGGAAUACCAGAAGCAACUGGUAGAGGAGAAGAUGGAACGAGAUGCACAGUUCACACAAAGGAAGGCAGAAAGGGCUACCCUUCGAAGCCACUUCAGAGACAAGUACCGACUGCCCAAGAACGAGACAGAUGACAACCAGAUCCAGAUGGCCGGGGGUGAUGUGGAGCUGCCCAAAGAGCUGGCCAAGAUGAUUGAAGAGGACAAUGAGGAGGAGGAAGAGAAGGCUUCGGUCAUUGGGCAGCUGGCCAGCAUCCCCAACCUGGACCUCAGUUCCAUCAAGGACAAGGCACAGGCUACUCUGGGAGAAUUAAAGCAGUCAGCUGAAAAGUGCCAUAUCAUGUGACCCCCAUCCCCCUUCUCAGCCCCCCAAGGCUGUCAGUCUGCCCCAGUCCUGCCUCAGUGUGACAUGCAGGGAUAGGGUGGGUAGGGCAAGGAUGGCUGGAUGUUGGGAGACACAGCUGGCAGGGAGGGUAGCUGUACAGCAGUGUCACUCCCCUUGGGGCCCAGGGAGGGCUCCCUUCCUGGUGACCCACAUUCUGUCUCUGAGUCCUUAUUUCUUCAGGGUCCUCCUCCAUCCUAGCUAAGAGCCUGCCUUCUGGUCCCCACCCACCCCCACCCCUGACAUCCUUAGCUCUGGUCCCUUAUCUAGGGGCUGGGUAUAAUGGGGCUACUCUGGUAGCAAAGCCCCUCUUCCCCAGCCAAGUGUGGGGCUGACAUUUAAAGAUGAGUGAGAACAGGAAGUUAGUAUUUCUAUACCUGGGUUCACCCAACCCAUCCUUCAAACACACACACACACACACACACACACACACACACUCACCCAGCAAACCUAGAGCUCCAAUGACCUAUAUAGACACACACACCUAAAUACACAAGCACGAUCACAAAACCAAACACACACACCCACUCAUACACAUAGAUUUCCAUGUUGACACACAGACCUCAGUACUCAGAGACCAUUGUACACAUCAGUGGUACAAACAUCGACAUGCCAACUCCUACCUUGGGGCAUGGAGCCAGAAAUAAUGGUGGGGGAGAGGGAGGGGGAUCUGAACUGGGAUACAGGACCCGUGGGUUCUUUCCCUGUUAUUGCUGCACAUCUCGGAGCAUUCCAUCCUCCUUUACUUUGUGCCUUGAAAGUAGGGGGGAUUCUACCCCUCCUUCAAGGUCCAGUUCAGGUCCCACUUCCUCCAGAAAGCUUGAUCUGACUGCCUCCCUUCUCUGAACAAACCCCCAAGCAUUCAGGACACAUGCAGUUGCUGUGCCUUCCUCCUUACUCCCAAUUCUAUAGGAAGCAACUGAAUGAGUCAACACCUUGAAGGAAUCAGUCUCAGAAAUUCCUCCCUCUAUUAGGAAGCCCGGUUCGCCAGGGACCUCACAUUUGGAUGGCUUCACCGUCUGAGCCCUUUGGAAAUCCUGUGCUGCCACACCUUUCCUCCUUUGCCUGGGCUCUCUGCUUCCUUCACUGGAUGUUACUGGGGGAUAGGAGGGAUGGUUAGCCAAUAAAAGCCCCAUGAAAGUGCGUUAGGACAGUGUCUGUGUGACCAUGCAAGUUCACUUCCUGUCCUCAGCCCUCUCUCAGUCACAUGCAUACCUGCACAUUGCCAAAUGUUCUCUAUUCUUACCAGGAUUGGUCCUUCUUUCUGGAGCUCUCAAAUCACAUUCACACUAGGACUUAAUUCACCUUGCCUUCCCAAAUCCACUGGGUGAUGAUAAGGAGUGUUCCCCCUCUUUCCCAUUUUUCAAGUAAGGCAAAUGAGGUUCUGGAGGAAGGGAAGAAAAGAUUCCCCUCUCCAACCCAACUUUGAGACCAGACCUCAGCCCAGAUGGCCCUACAAAAUCUGGGUUUUUCUAGCCUCUAGUCAGAGUCUAAAAGCCAAGUUUUCUAUGGUGUCUUGGGUAUAAGAGCAAGGUCAGUUUGGGUGUCUUGAAUUGAGAUGAGCUGGGCUCUGUUCUCUCUGAAGUCCCGAAUCCUAAUGUCUUCCCUUUCUCCAGUAGAAAGACUUCUUGAUUUUAUAACUCAAAACUCAGCUGUCUUAGUUUAGUGAAGAAUAAAAUUUCAACCAGGACCAUGUGACUCUUUUCUUGUAUUCUAACAGAUGUCCUAUGCCACCCACCUUGUCCA